UGUAGUUUAUAAUAAUACAGCUCGGUAGUGUUUCUUUAUUCUUCUAAAGAAACGUUGUUACAAUAAAAUAAAUGUGCCUGAAAUGGCGUGAACAUUCCAAUCGCAUCUUUUACAAUUUUUAACGGGGACGGCGAAUUUUGCCCAAAACCAUUAUGACUUUUGUGAACAAGAUGACGUAGUUGAACUUCCGGCGUCUGAUCGAAUAGCGACGCAAUGAUGGAAGCGUGUGCCGGCCCUGUCACUUCAGCUUUCAAAUUGGCGUCGCUGACUCCCUUCUAAAAAUCAAAUGCUCUAUAGAUAAGCAGUACAGACAGUUACUAUAAUAAGAACCUGGCUGGUAAUCUGGAUGCCAGUGUUGCUACAGGGAAAGGCAGAUACAAAGUUGUAAUGAAUAUUUUCACCUACAGCCCACUAAUAGUACAUUAAAGUUAUCUACAGCAGAAGAGGAUUAUUUAUAGAGCAAAAUGGCCUUUUUCCCUAAGAUUCUAUUGAGGAGUGAAUUAGAAAGCUAUCUGCGUAAUGUGUUUACUAAUAAAGAGCUAGUGGCGGCCGUAGGUGGUCCCGAAGCUGAAAACCUCUUUGAAAACUUACUGAAGCACCUGGCCCAUCCUCCAUCUUUUACUACUGUUCGAGUUAACCCUCUUUCCACCUCAAUAGAAAACGUGAAGUCGCUUCUGAAGGAGGAAAUCCAUAAGCAAUUCCCUGGUUUGAAUAUCCCAAUUUUGCAGCAUCCCAUUGUUCCUGACCUUUUACUAAUUCCAGUCAUCGGCCCAAGGAGGACCCUAAAGCAACACCCUGUGCAAGUUAUUGUUGGAGCCCAAUGUGGAAAUGCUGUCCUUAGGGGAGCUCAUGUCUAUGCUGCUGGAAUUGUAUCUGCUUCUAAAUGGAUGAAAGCUGGAGAUGAAGUGUCCGUGUUUUCAGAUAUAGAAGGAAAAUGCAAAAGGGGGGCCAAAGAAUUCACUGGAAAUAAGAUCUUCAUUGGCAACGGCAUUUCAGAGCUGAGCCGAAAUGAAAUCUUCUGUUGCAACAACCCAGUAAAGGGGAAAGGCAUCAAAAUGACAGAACCAGUAUAUUUAAGUCCAUCAUUUGACAAUGUGCUUUCAGGGUAUAUCUUUUUGCAGAAUUUGCCCUCUGCAGUCGUGAGCCACGUGCUGAACCCUCAGCCAGGAGAAAGGAUAUUAGACAUGUGUGCAGCGCCCGGAGGAAAGACCACACACAUCGCUACACUCAUGGAGGACCAGGGAGAAGUUAUAGCCCUGGAUAAAAUAGCCAGCAAAGUAGAGAAAAUCAAGCAGAAUGCAUCAGUGCUAAAGCUCAAGUGUAUAAAGGCUUUCUGCUUCAACAGCACCAAGGCAGUGAGAGAUCAGAAUUGUCCAGAUGAACAAGGAGACGGGCCUCCAUUCUUUCCCGAGUCAUUUGACCGAAUUCUGUUGGACGCUCCAUGCAGUGGAAUGGGUCAGAGGCCAAAUAUGGUCUGUCCAUUUUCCUUAAAGGAAUUGACAUCGUAUCAGCCCCUGCAGCGCAAGCUUUUCAGUGCGGCAGUUGAAUUACUAAGACCCGGCGGGACUCUAGUUUACAGCACGUGCACCGUAACAUUAUCUGAGAAUGAAGAACAGGUUGCCUGGGCACUUAAAACUUUCCCAUGUCUCAAGUUACAGCCGCAGGAACCCCAUGUUGGUGGGGAAGGUAUGAUGGGUGCUGAGCUGCCCCCAGACCAACUGAAGCUGCUUCAGAGAUUUGACCCGUCCCGUGUAGAGUUCUGCAGUGUCGAUACAAAUCAUUGCUCAGCUCAGCCCAGCGACACAAUCCCAUUGGCUAAUAAGGACACUAUAGGGUUUUUUAUUGCUCGAUUUUUAAAGGCAAGAUGAAAAGGACCGAUAUUAUUAUUUCUUAAAGGCAGUAAAGUGUUGUUUAGGUAUGGAAUUCAGAGGUCCGUCAUGUUACCAUGACAACAAGUGAUUAAACCGGUUGCCAUGGAAGCAGACAGUCUGCCAGCUGUUCAUUUCACAAUCCAUUUUUGCAGCCACAGGUUAAAUAAAGGAAUGAUUUCAGUUUUUCUAAA